AGCAGAUAGUGCAGUGCAGUGGCACGUCAAUAACCUACUUUGCCACGACCAAGACCAGCCAGCCACACCAUAACCUGACCACGGAAACAGAACUGCUGUCGCUUCGAGAUGGCAGUCACAAGUCUACUUUAUCAUGUAACUGUUGUCGGCUACUUCAUGGUGGUCACUCACUGGAUGAAAGAGAACAUGCUGGAGUUCAAACCUGAGGAGAUAAAUGAUCCAGUGGUACGUCAUGUCAAAAGGUUUUCGCUGCGAUAUCUUACCAACUGGACUUUUACUCUGCAAACUAUAUACUUUCUCGUGGCUCUCGUAGAAGAUGUGUUGAGUGUUUUCAAAGGACAAGAAAGAUUAAAGGAUAAAGUAAAUAAGUUUAAGAACUACUUCUUCACAGUACUGGUGGCACCAAUGGCUUUGUUGGUCUCAAUAGUUUUCUGGGGUAUUUGGUCCGUAGACCGCAACCUCAUAUUCCCCACAGUAUUGGACAAGUACCUGCCUCCUUGGAUCAACCAUUCUCUCCACACUACCACCUCAGUUGUAGUCUUGCUGGAGAUGUAUCUCUGUUUUCAUAAAUAUCCUUCAUUCAAACCUGCGCUGCUUGGAAUUACACUGUACUUGCUCUGCUACUCACUCUGUCUGAUGCUGACCUAUUACCAGAGCGGUGCUUGGCUCUACCCUGUGUUUAAAACCCUUAACUGGACCCUAAGGAUAACAUUCUGUUUAGCAACAUACGUUCUAGCAAUCGCUCUCUACGGAGCUCAAUACUUCCUCAACAAAGUUUUUUGGGAUGAGAAAGCUGCCACUAAGAAAGCACCCAAGAAGAAACACAAAAAACACUAAUUGAUUGAUACCUAUUUGUUUUAACUACAAGACACAGUCAUUCCAUUACAUUCUCAUUCCAUGCUAAUUAGUUACCUAAAUUUAAAAAUAGUUAAUUGAGCUAUAACUUGUAUAAAAAUAGUCUAGAUUGAAAGAAUAUUUGUACUUACAUUUAAUACUUCGCAGAUACGCGUCCGGUAACCGGACGUGGAUUAGGCGUCCGGCAGUUACUGUCAUAACCUAACCUAACCAACCAAACUUGCUGAUAGUGAAAAAAAUCAAAUGAAGGUUCAAUUCUCUUCAUAACAUAAAAUUAUAAAUGCCCAAAAUUCUAACAAAAGAUGUACAGUUAAGAAGAAAUUACAUUCAAAGCAAAAUCUGUGACAAAAAGUCAAAGUUACCAUUAGGUUUCGAACCGGUGACCUCUGGCAUAUCAGUCAAGCACUCUAUCCACUACACCACGAACACUGAUGACUGAACAUCGUAUCAUUGUGGUAAUGGCGUUCCGGGACCCCCUACCGGACGCCUAAUCCACGUCUGGUUACCGGACGCCUAAUCCACGUCUGGUUACCGGACGCGUAUCCUCUGUGUUAAUACUUACUUACAGAUCAUUUGAAAUGUUUACAAAAUAAAGAAUCAUAUUUAUUUGUGGUGUAAGCAAAGUGAUACUGUAAAUGAAAUUAAGUAAUCUAACUUUUGUUAUAC